AUUCGAGCGAACGGUCAACUAGGAAAAUGUUUCCCAGCAGAGAUUCUCUUUUGCUGGGCGUGUUGCUGAUAUCAGCAAUUGGUGUCCAUUCCGAAUCGAUCCCCUGCAAAGUAAAGGAUCAAAAGUACGGAAAAGUAUGCGUUUGCACGGCAGAUUACUGUGAUUAUCUGGAGAAUCCUGUGCUGACGGACGAAGACGAAUGGUUUCUGAUAUCCAGUUCCAAACAGGGUCUUAGAUUUUCUACCACAAGUGGUAAAUUUGGAUCCGAGGAUAAGGUUACCCUGCAGGAUUAUGUGGAACCUACUACAGAGUCUGAAAAUGAAUCGAUUCUUUCGAACUUGAUUGAUGAAGUGGUGGCCAGUGCUUUUACCUUGGAAUCGCGGGAGAGUUCCAUCACCCGUUCUGUUACUCUGAAAUUGAAUAGAACUAAAACGUAUCAGAGAAUGGUUGGCUUUGGAGGCAGUUACACUGGAGCUGUGACUUAUUUGGUGGAGAGCUUCAAGCAAUCCGAACUGGCUGAUCACCUCUACAAAUCUUUCUACGCGGAGGAUGGACUGGGAUUCAAUCUCAUGAGAAUUCCCAUCGGAGGUUCUGACUUCGAUUUUAAUGCCUGGUCUUAUGCCGAGGAGGAGGGUAAUACCCUACUCUCCGACAUGGAUGAACUGCAUGAGAAGGAUGUGAAUAAAGUGGCACAAAUUAAACGUCUCAUCGAGGUAUGUGAAAAUAAGAAUCUCCUCGUCAAAGGAGCAGCAUGGAGUGCCCCUCCCUGGAUGAAGACGAACAACAAGUGGACAGGAUUUGGACGCCUGAAGCGGGAUUAUUACCAAACCUGGGCGGAUUACCACCUGCGAUGGAUCAAACUGAUGGAGGCCAACGGGAUUCCCAUUUGGGCCAUUUCCACUGGCAACGAGCCACUGAAUGGAAUAUUCUUCAUGUACUUCGUGAGGUUCAUGAGCAUGGGAUGGACUCCGCAGACCCAGGCCAUUUGGUUGAACGACUAUCUGGGCCCCACCCUCCGCAACUCCGAGUUCAAGGACAUCAUCCUGUUUGGCAACGAUGACCAGCGUUACUCAUUUCCUCACUGGUUUAAAAUGAUGAACCGCACACGCCCCAGUUCGGUUGAUUAUCUGGAUGGAUUAUCGCUGCAUUGGUAUUGGGAUGAGAUUUUCGGCAAUAGCUUUAUCGAACAGACCACGGAAUACGCCCCCGACAAGAUAUUGAUAGUAUCCGAGUCCUGUAUCGGAGAUAAACCCUGGCAGGCAGCUGCUCCUCUCCUGGGAAGUUGGGAAAGGGGCGAGAAGUACGCUCGUGAUUAUCUUUUGAACAUAAGACUAGGAUUCCACGGCUGGAUCGACUGGAACAUUGCACUGGAUGAAGAGGGCGGUCCCAACUACGUUGAUAAUACUGUGGAUGCUCCAGUUAUUGUCAAUACCACAACAUUUGAGGAGUUCUAUAAGCAACCCAUGUUCUAUACCAUUGGUCACUUUUCCAAACUGGUUCCCGAAGGAUCUGUUCGUAUAGAUGCGGUUCCGAGUAAUGUCAAUCUGGAUUCUGUGGCUUUCCUUCGACCGGACAACAAAAUCGCCGCUGUUCUGUUCAAUAGCGGUCGCGCUGAUCUGGACAUCACUUUGGUGGACAGUGUUCGGGGUCAGUUUAUUGUCAAUGUUCCAGCCAAAUCCAUUCACACCUUACUAUACAGUUAAAUUCAUUUUUUUUUUUAAUUAAACAAAUUUUAUAAAAUAAACAUUGUGACAUAA